AUGUCUGAGGCUGACGUUGCAUUCCGUUCUCUAGUGGAUAAAUUUCGUUUUGAAAGGGUACUAAACUCAAACCCUCAAACCAAAACCAUCUCUUUACUGGGUUUCAUCGAUGAGAAGUCCGCAAUUCUGACAGCAGAGAAGACUCACUUCACAUUUGAUGAAAAUAAGGUUGGCUCUCAAUCCGGUUCUGAUGGCAUAAAUACUCCAUUUUUUUACCACUGUGAGAAUGAGUACUCAUGUACCAAUGCCAUGCAAGAGUUGAGACAGUUGACAUCAAAUGAUAUCUAUUAUUGGGGGUUAACGGUGCUCAAACAAAACAUGGAUCAUAAUCCUACGGCAAGAUUAAAUUUAAUAUGGCCUGCUACAUCGGUACACAUCCGUAAAUUUGAGCAACAACAAUUACAUCUCGUUAGGGAGACUCCAGAGACUUAUGAAAAGAUCGUCAAACCUUACAUCGAUGAGAUGUACAACCUAGGUAGGUUAAAGUGGGUCUACAACAUUUUGUAUCAAGGAGCUGAAGCUGAUCGUGUAGUCUACAGAGAUUUUUUGGAGGAUAAUAAGCGUGAUGGGUUUGUCAUCUUACCAGAUAUGAAAUGGGAUGGUGUCAAUCUAGAUGCGCUCUAUCUGGUGGCCAUCUUCUACAGAGACGAUUUAAAAUCUAUUAGGGAUUUAAGACCUGGUGAUCGUGAUUGGCUCAAGAGCUUAAAUACCAAGAUUAGAACUAUUGUUCCAGGAUGUUAUAACUACGCUAUUCGUGCAGAUGAACUGAGAAUCUUUGUUCACUACCAACCUUCGUACUACCACUUCCACAUUCACAUCGUUAAUAUCAGACACCCUGGACUCAACGAUGGAAUUGCAGCUGGUAAGGCCAUUUUGCUCGAUGACGUUAUUGAGAAUUUGAAAUAUUUGGGUCCCAACGGCUAUAUGAACAAGACUUUGACAUAUGUAAUCGGUGAUAAUCACGAUUUGUGGGGAAGAGGCCUAAAAGAUGUAGUUGCUAAGCAGUUGGAAGAAGAUGGGAUUCCCAAAACCCCCAAAAUUGUGAAUGAAUUCACCGAAGAUGAAGACCAAGAGUAA